GUGCCCUGCCGGGUCGUCCGUCCGUGGCGUGUCAAUCUGACUCAGUUCACAGCCACCCGUCUCCUUGUCCGGUGUCCGUCCGCCUCUCGCAGCCGACCGACAACGUUUCAGGAUACCGAUCGUUGCGGUCCCUGCCCCUGCCGCCACACCGACCAUGAGCGCCGACAUCAAAGAAGUCUUCAAGAACAACGAGAUCAUCCGCAUCCUCAAGUACAAAAUGGAGAAAUCGAGGAGGGACCCGCUCGACGAGGAGCUUUACGGGCGAGUGCGGCGCAAGUUGACGUUCGGCGAGCCGGAUCCCUUCCUUCAGUCCGUGGGUGCUGUACGACGCGAAUUGGCCUUCAUCGCCGAAAAAAACAGGACCAAGUGGAACUUCGAUUUCGAGAAAGACCGCUCCGAAGACGGCCGUUACAGCUGGGAACCCGUCAAAAGGGCCAAAAACGGCUACCCCGUCCAAAAGCGUAUUACCGAAUUCCUUGGUAAACGGAAAAAUUUCCCUUUUCCGCCAGAGUCAAACUGUGAAGCCGAAAAGGAGAACGAAGAAGCAGUGGUGCCGACUCUGAAAAAAGGUCGAUUGCCGACUGACGGAAGCUGUGUGGUGUAUCCUUUGGAUGAAGUCGAAGACUAAAAU